AUGGCUGAGAUUGAAGCUGCAAAGGCGCCUCAUACGCCAAACGACGUCGACUAUACCGACAUGGAUCCCGAAGCAAAGGGUGCCCGCCAUCUCAGUGCGUCCCACUCGCACUCGGACGAACAGUUCGAUGAGAAAAAGGGCCAUUUGCACCACGAACAAGACGACCACGACGUCUACAAUCCAAAUGU